UUCACUAAGUAUUUGUAAAUAUGUGAGUGUAGGAUAAAUAUAAUAUUUCGUUCCCAUUGAAUUAUAUAUUUGAAUUCGGCUUUUACGUGUUUUUUUCCCUGCUCAUCUCAAUCGGGACAGAGUCUACUUUGCUAUGGAUGUGUCAUUUUUGGCAUUAGCUCACUACUUUACACAAUGGAGCUCUUACAUUUAAGAUAGAGGACUAAAGCGCUGUUUUAAAAAGGGCCACACUCACUUUUACUCUGUGAGAGGAAACAGUGAUGGAAAGUUUUGCUAACCUGGCAGCAAUUGUUGUGAACAGGAAGAAUGUGAGAAACUCACAAGAUGUUUGCAAGUCUCCCAAGGAAGCGCCAAAGUUUGAGUGGCUCCACAAGUACCGCAAAGCCUCCAAAGGUCAAGGUGGCGUCAAACAGACCCUUGCACCCUUGGGAACGACACACACCAAGAUCAGCCAGCAUAAGAAAACAAGGAACUCAUUGAACGCAGUGAGCAGAUCCCCAGUCGAAGGGGAUAAGAGGGUGGAGCAGCCCAGAGUGGAGUCCAGCCCAGAGAGCCAAGGGAAAGUGAAGCGUGAGGGCUGGAAUGAGUUGAAGCGUGAGGGCAGGGAUGACCUGGUACGCCACUCCAGCCACACAGCUUCCAACAAAGCCACAAUGCUGGCAAUGCCGCAGUUUGGCCUGCGCGACAACCUCAUCCGCUGUGAGCUGCUCAAGAACGAGGACAUCUACACCUACCUGGAGAAUUUCAGUUUCUUCCUAGGCACUUACAAUGUGAACGGCCAAACCCCCAAAGAAACCCUCCGUCCCUGGCUGGGCUCCACAUCCACUCCCCCUGACAUGUACUGCGUGGGGUUCCAGGAGCUCGACCUGAGCAAGGAGGCCUUCUUCUUCAACGACACGCCCAAGGAGACCGAGUGGAUGAAGGCUGUGUCUGAGGGGCUGCAUCCAGACGCCAAGUACGCCUUAGUGAAACUGGUUCGUCUGGUGGGCAUCAUGCUGCUGUUCUAUGUGAAGAAUGAGCACGCCAAGCACAUCUCUGAGAUGGAGGCAGAGACCGUGGGCACAGGCAUCAUGGGUAGAAUGGGAAACAAAGGUGCCGUGGCCAUCCGCUUCCGCUUCCACAACUCUGACAUCUGCGUGGUCAACUCCCACUUGGCCGCCCACAUCGAGGAGUACGAGAGGCGCAACCAGGACUACAAGGACAUCUGCAGCAGGCUGCUGUUCCACCAGAAUGACCCCGCCAUGGCCCCACUCACCAUCUUGAAGCACAAUGUGGUCCUAUGGCUGGGAGAUCUCAACUACAGGCUAAGUGACCUUGACAUCGACCAUGUGAAGGACUUAAUCGCCAAGAAGGAUUUUGAAACGCUGCACAGUUAUGACCAGCUGAAGAGGCAGAUCGAUGAGGAGGCUGUUUUCGUGGGCUUUGUGGAGGGAGAAAUCUGCUUCCUGCCCACUUACAAAUACGACACCGGCUCCGACCAAUGGGACACAAGUGAAAAGUGUCGCGUGCCGGCGUGGUGCGAUCGGAUCCUGUGGCGAGGCAAGAAUGUGCGGCAGCUGCACUACCAGAGUCACAUGGCCCUGAAGACCAGCGACCACAAGCCAGUCAGCUCCUUGCUGGAGAUAGGGAUCAAGCUGGUGAACGAAGAGUCUUACAAAAAGACAUUUGAGGAAAUUGUGCGCUCGCUGGACAAGAUGGAGAACGAGUGCAUUCCGUCCGUAAUCCUGUCCAGGCGAGAGUUCCACUUCAAAGACGUGAAAUUCAUGCAGCACCAGGCAGAGAGGCUGACCCUCCACAACGACGGGCAGGUCCCGUGCCAGUUUGAGUUCAUCGAGAAGCUGGAUGAGCCCACCUACUGCAAGCCCUGGCUCACCGCCAACCCAGCCAAGGGCUUCAUUGCACAGGGCGGCAACAUGGACAUCGACCUGGAGGUGUUUGUGAACCGCUCCACCGCCACGGAGCUCAACGCCGGCCGCCAGCAAAUCGAGGACAUCCUGGUGCUCCACCUGGAGCGGGGCAAGGACUACUUCCUCUCUGUGUCGGGCAACUACCUGCCCAGCUGCUUCGGCUCGUCCAUCCAGACCCUGUGCCAGCUGAGGGACCCCAUCCAGGAAAUUCCCCUGGAGACCAUCCGGGAGCUGACGUUGUCAGGCGAUGAGACCAGCACCUUAAUCAUCGAUAAGCCCCUGGAUAUCCCUAAAGAGAUAUGGCAGAUGGUGGACCACCUGUACCGUAAUGCUCCUAAACAGGGGGAACUAUUUCAACAACCUGGGCUCCGCAGUGAAUUUGUGGAGAUAAGGGAUUGCCUUGACACUGGCAUGCCAGACUCGCUCCCUGGCAGUAACCACUCUGUGGCAGAAGCACUGCUCCUCUUCCUCGAUGCCCUCCCUGAGCCUGUGGUCCCCUUCUCCCUGUACCAGCAGUGCCUGGAGUGCUGCUCCAACACCAGUCAGUGUAAAAAGGUUGUAUCCUCGUUACCUCGGUGCCAUAAAAACGUGUUUAACUAUAUAGCGGCUUUUCUCCGCGAGUUGUUGAAGCAUUCUACACACAAUAGCCUGGAUGUCAACAUUUUAGCCACCAUUUUUGCUGCCUUGCUACUGAGGUCACCCACGAAGCAGGACCUUGCAGAGAAGAGGAAGACCCAAGAGUUCUUUGAGCAUUUCCUGGUCCAGGACCUCUCCUGAAUAGAAGAGGGUGCUCCUGCCAUGUCCUACAUGCUGCAAACUAUUUUACACACUAUUGUAGUUUAAAUGUACAACUCAGUAUUUGUAAAACAUGUAAUAUGUUCCUAUUCAUAUAGAUGGCUCUUUGUAUAGGCACACAGUCAGUCAAAUUGAUAAGGCCUACUCUCCUUUGAUUUGAAAUCAACUAUGUUUUUACAAGCAAUGUUUAACCUGUAAGCUGUUGAUGCACAGCUUUUAUUCUAUCACUGAGCAGCUGUAGUAAACUGACCGUUUUUAAUAUAUGUAUAUUUACCAGUUUAUUUAAAGAAAAAAAUUAUUUGUGCUGUUUUGUGAAGGAAAAACAGUGGUUUGUUCUUUUAUAUAUGAAAGUAUUUGAAACAUUGUGGUUUGGCUAUUAUUUCAUGUUUCUUUCCCAUUUAGCAAGCAAAUGGAAAAAGUUUGUUUGGAAUUUAAUAAACCCGACUGUCACAUUUGU